CUUGUACAGUUGGAUAUUGAUGUAGAACUAACGCUAGUCUAUAAAAGAAUUGGUUUCAAUUACACUUUUGCUAGUUUUCUUCGAGUAAGAACAUUAUACUCAUUUUCUUGAUAGUGUAAUGGCUGGGGAAGAAGAAAAUGGGCAAGAUGGGUACACUCAAGAUGGGACUGUAGAUCUAAAAGGGAACCCUAUUCUUAGAUCCAAGAGAGGAGGAUGGACUGCUUGUUCUUUUGUUGUUGUUUACGAAGUUUUUGAACGAAUGGCCUAUUAUGGGAUAUCCUCGAACCUCAUAAUUUACUUGACCAAGAAACUGCAUCAGGGCACAGUUGAGGCAGCUAACAAUGUCACCAAUUGGGUAGGCACUAUUUGGAUGACUCCUAUUUUGGGUGCAUAUGUCGCAGAUGCUCUUCUCGGUCGUUAUUGGACUUUCCUUAUUGCAUCGGCAAUAUAUCUCUUGGGAAUGUCCAUGCUAACCCUAGCAGUAUCAGUACAUGGGCUAAAGCCCCCUCACUGUGUGGAUCCAAAUAUAGCCAACUGCAAAAAGGCAAACACACUGCAACUUGCUGUAUUCUUUGGUGCUCUCUACACUCUAGCACUUGGAACUGGUGGUACAAAGCCCAAUAUUUCGACUAUAGGGGCCGACCAAUUUGAUGAGUUCGACCCGAAAGAGAAGGCCCACAAACUUUCUUUCUUUAAUUGGUGGAUGUUUAGCAUAUUUCUUGGGACACUAUUUGCCAACACUGUUCUUGUUUAUAUACAAGAUACUGUGGGCUGGACCCUUGGAUAUGGGCUUCCAACUGCAGGCCUAGCGAUAUCGAUUAUGAUUUUCUUGGCUGGUACCCGAUUUUAUAGGCACAAGAAGCCCACAGGAAGCCCAUUUACAAAAAUGGCUAAGGUCAUAGUGGCUUCCCUAAGAAAGUGGAAGGUUACAGUCCCAACUGACCCAAAAGAACUUUAUGAGCUUCAUUUACAAGAGUACACUAAGAAAGGGAAAUACCGAAUCGAUUCUACACCGAGCCUAAGGUUUCUCAACAAAGCAUGUGUAAAAACUGAUUCUACUAGUCCUUGGAUGCUAUGUUCAGUGACUCAAGUAGAGGAAACGAAACAGAUGCUAAGAAUGAUCCCAAUUUUAAUAGCCACCUUCAUUCCAAGCACAAUGAUUGCACAGAUAAACACCCUUUUUGUCAAACAAGGAACUACACUUAACAGACAUGUAGUCGGUAACUUCAAUAUUCCCCCAGCAAGUUUAAAGUCUCCGAUUCAAUGA